AUGGAGCGGUUUAGAGAGCAAAUAGCGCGAAGUGUGGGUCAAUUAACAGAAGUGUUCUCAUCGGAUAGAGACGUAAAUGUAACAUCUUGAAGAUCGAGUCGAGCAACAAAGAAAAAUUAUUCAGAUAAUGCUAGAAAACAUGAACGACCGGAUCAUGAGCUCGUACGAAGCAGCACAAUCUCCGCCGACGUUUGAAGAACUUCCCGCUCCAGUGGCCGCAGUGCGAACUAGCUCUCAAAGUUCUACGCCUAGAAAAGCUGCGAAGACGAAAAUUUCCGAUGAGGACGAAGUGAUUAACGCCAUAGAUGCUGCCUAUUUUAUAGAUAACGACGAGUUUGAUGCAGUUGAUUAUGAGCUUAAAGUAAGAACGCUCUUUUGGAUAAUUAAUUACGUUGAGAAAGCUUCCAGAAGUUGUGCGACGUCGAAAUGUGCUACGAGGACAUUCAGCGAGAGCGGUUUCGACUGAAAGCGCAGCACACUGUAGUAUCCAAAAAGAUCUCAACUCUAAUUAUGCAAAAAUCAUCUUCAUACACUGCGCAAGUGGGUGAAAUGGAGAAAAUCAGAGACGACGUCGGCGGAGUCGUCGAGGAGAUUCUGACAAUUCGCAGGUCGCUGAAGUUGGCCACAGAUCAAACCCGAACAUGUCUUGGACUCAUUGCCAAUGAGAAGAAGAAGAAUGUGCUGAACGAGCUGAAGAAUACUUUGACGGCAAUAAAAGCGCUGCACGAAACCGAGCACACCAUCCGAGAAACUAUUGAGAAUGGGAACUUUCCGUUGGCCAUUCAAAUGCUCAUCGAGACACAGAUUCGGGCGGCCGCUUACGCGCAUUUCACAUGUAUCAAGUGAGAUUUCAGAAAGAAAUAAUUCAACAAGAAAAAAACACAAUUCUUGCAGUGAGGAAAUGUCGAAGCUCGCAGGAAUGAGCUCUCUUCUGGAAACCAAGCUCACCUCCCAACUGGCCACCAUCGCCGUUGUUUUCGACCCGGAAAAGUAUCGAUUCGUCUGGACCGCCUAUGAAAUGCUGGAAAAGACGGAAGUGGUAGCCGAGAAGUUGCUCGCCGCCUUCACGGAAGCCAUCGAGACGACGACGACGGCUGUGCUUCUAGAUAAACUUCUGGAUAAGAAGGCAAACGAACAGGAGAUGAAAGAAGCGCCGUACACGAGUCUCUGUUUGAAAUUGGACAGUGAUCAGGUGGCCACCACGUUCCGCGAAAUGGGAUUCGUCCUCUGUCGGAGUUUUCACGCUUUCCACAAGAUUUUGGCAUUUCAUGGCUUGGAAUCGGCUUCUGAAGCGUCAAAAAACGUGUAUAAAAGCCUACUGGCCGCCAGGACGGACCUCUUUCUAACGGCCACCGGACGAUUUCUGACUUUGGUCGAGUCCCGCGACUUUGUGAGCCUGAAAUUUGACCACAUUCUGGAUAUUGUCGACUCGAUUAAUCGAUUCAAUAACAUUGGGCAGGCCUAUUUUGCCUUUUUUCAAACAAAAUUGGCAGAUGCCAUCGAGAAACGGACUGCCAUCUACUUUGAAAGAUAUCACAAGGAAAGGGUCGAAGAACUGGCAAUGUUUAUUGAGAACGAAUCUUUCACUUUGUGUCCUGUUCCGAUUCAGUUCACAAUAUUCGAUCUGCAAGAUUUUGAGUUUUUGAAAGAAUCAAGACACGACAACAUUAAAGGGGGCGAAGACACGGAUGAAAACCUGGAGGGAACUGUGGAUCUGAUUGUAACUGACUGGGAGAAUCCUUUCUGCCAAGCAGCCAUCCGGUCACGUCAUCAAAGCACGUAUAGUCAGAAGUCGUCUGACGAACGGAGCUACUCAACGACGUCGGCUCCAGAGCUUCGGAAGUCACAGGAUAGCAUUCUGGAAGACCCGCUGGAUGAACCGACUGGUCCGCCGCCUCCGAAUCUUUGCAACACGGCACUGAACUUGCUCCGAUUCUUCGGACGGUACAUACGAAUGACUGCGCUUCUUCCGACGCUUUGCGCCAAAUCCGCACCCGCUAUCAUCGAUCUCUAUGAGUUUUUCUUCGCCUCCAUCUGCCAUUUAUUCGGAUCAGAAGGUGCUGAAUUCGUGGAAAGGAUAUCAAGACUUGCUGCCUGUCUAGAGAAUAUUUCGAAGAAGUAUUCGAAAGAAAAAGGCUCCAACUCCCCGUUUCGGAAAGUGUUCCGCAAUGGAGAAGGCAGUUCGGAGCAAAUCUAUCCUUCCCUGUGUCCAGCAGUGCAGAUCGCAUUCAUCGAUAAUCUGUACGGAGCUUGCGAGCGAAUUAUAGCCGUGGAUUCCGUGGAAUUCGUGGCUCGACAGCUGGAUCUCAUUCGUCCCGUCAUAGAAUCCCUUCUCCUCGAAGAUGUCCGCGAAUCACUUCAUCCCGUCCUAGAAGCCUUCUACGCCCAAGUACUUCCCUGCCAUUCCGACGCGAAGACACUGAUCGUGGACGCGUCCACAUCACGCGCACUUCGUCUGAAAAGCUUGGUAGAAAGUGUGGCAAGUGUCAACUGGGAUAUUGGCGAGCUGAAAAGUGAGCACAGCCCGUAUGUGCAUCUUCUAGCCCAAGAUUACGAGCUUUUCUCGAUACGAAUCAACUCUAUCAAAGAGAGCGAACCGAUCAAUUUGACGGAAUCAAUGGAGAAGUUCUUCUGGUCGCGCGCCAUUCACUAUUCGUUCAAAGCGCUCGUACAGGGAUACGGCGAUGGCGGAAAGUGCUCAACGGAAGGGAGAGCUCUGAUGCAGCUGGAUUUCCAGAUGAUUCUGCUGAAGGUAUGUUAAAAUCAGAUCACAAUUUCUCAUGAAAAGUUUUAGCUGGAACCUCUGUGCCAGAUGAAGCCAGUUCCCCACGCGAGCUUCGUCGACGGCUACAUAAAAGCGUAUUAUCUCCCCGAGAAUGGUCUGGAGCAAUGGAUUAAAUCGCAUUCAGUUAGUCCGAAUUCCUCCCAAACAUCUUGAACAUCUUUUUUUUUCAGGAAUACUCAUCGAAACAGCUGACAUCUCUUCUCGGCGCCGCCGCCCACGUGAGCAAAAAGGCGCGGCUUCGAAUCCUGGAUGCUCUCAAAGAUUAA